GGUGCUGUGGUGCUCUGGAAGAGAACGCCUCCUCUCUGUUUUCUUCCAUCUCUCCUGUCUUUUGUGGCUCGUUCCUUCUUCACAAGGAGAUAAAACCUCCUGGAAUCAACCCGGAUCUGCUGGGCACUUUCAUCUGGAUUCUAAUGGUCAUGGUUAAAGAAAAAGUGGCCCAUGCACAGGACACGCCCCCCUCAGACAAGCCCCUGAUCCAGUGCUACAAGUGUGGGGAGCCAUGCAAGGGGGAGGUGCUGCGUGUGCAGGCUAAACACUUCCACCUGAAGUGCUUCACCUGCAAAGUGUGUGGCUGUGACCUGGCCCAGGGGGGCUUCUUCAUGAAGGGGGGGGAGUACCUCUGUACGCUGGACUACCAGAGGCUGCAUGGCACCCGCUGCCAUGGCUGUGGAGACUUCGUAGAGGGGGAGGUGGUGACGGCGCUGGGCAAGACCUACCACCCUGCCUGCUUCAUCUGCUCCCUCUGCAGACGGCCGUUCCCAGCUGGAGACAGGGUGACCUUCAAUGGUAAAGACUGUCUGUGUCAGUACUGUGUCCAGCCCACAUCCCCUGGACCAAAGGACAUCAUCGGCUCUAGCAACUGUGUGGGCUGUGGUAGGGACAUCAAGAACGGCCAGGCUCUGCUUGCUCUGGACAGACAGUGGCACCUGGGAUGUUUCAAGUGCAAGUCCUGUGGCAGAGUCCUGACUGGAGAGUACAUCAGCAAGGAUGGCGCCCCCUACUGUGAAAAGGACUACCAGAUCAACUUUGGUGUGCAGUGUGAGGCGUGUCAUCAGUUCAUCACAGGCAAGGUGCUGGAGGCAGGAGACAAGCACUACCACCCCAGCUGUGCUCGCUGCAGUAGGUGUAACCAGAUGUUUACCGAGGGAGAGGAGAUGUACCUGCAAGGGUCGACUGUGUGGCAUCCAGGCUGUAAGAACUCCACCAGGACUGAGGAGCGACACAAGAACAAGCCUACCAGCUCGUCGUCUGAGAGUAUCUGUUCCCGACCUGGUUCAAGCAUUCCUGGCUCACCAGGUCACACCAUCUAUGCAAAAGUAGACAAUAAGAUCCUUGAUUACAGGGACCUAGCCGCCAUUCCCAAAGUCAAAGCCAUUUAUGAGAUCGAGCGCCCUGAUCUUAUCACCUAUGAGCCCAUGUACACCACCGCCCUGGACGGCCUCCAGGACAGACCCAGGGUGGCCGAGAUCCACACUGCCAACAGAGGGCGCUCUCCUGUACCUGAUGACAGGUUCUCCAGGACCAUGUCUCCCACCCCCUCAGCUGAGGGCACCUCUGAGAGGAGGGAACGCAUUCUCCAGAGGUCAACCAGUCAGGGCUCCAUCGGUUCACCUGGUUACAAUCGCCAUAGUUACACACCCACGUUGUCACGGUCACCGCAGCAUUUUCACAGACCAGAGGCCCCGACAGGUAUGCAGAAGCUCUGCUCCUCCCUGUGCAGUAAUAGUGUGGGCUCCAACCACAGUGACUCUCGCCCCACCUCCCCUUUCAGACACCACCUCCUCCCCCACACCCAAGGCUCUGACCCAGCCAGCGGCAGGAGCUCCCCUCUGCCCCUCCGGCCGGACAGCCGGCCCGUCACCCCGCCUCUCUCUCUGACCCCUAAACAUUUUCACCUCCCAGAUCAGGGGAUCAACAUCUACAGAAAACCACCCAUCUACAAACAGCACGAUCCAGCCGCCGUAGCGCCCCAAAGAAAAUCUGAUGACAUCAUCAGAUUCUCCACCUUCCCCUCCGCCCACACUCCAUCUCCAGACAGCUGCCCUCAGAGUGGAGGCGACUCCUGGCCCUGCUCCCCCCCGCGUGCUGCCCCUGGGUCAGAAGGGAGGAAACGGUCCAGGGAAGAGGAGGAAGAGGAGGCUUUGAAACGAAAACAGAUUCAGGAGGAACACCUCAUCAAGAUCCAGUCCGGGUUAGGAAAGCUCAUUCUGAAGGAGGAGAAGGAGAAGGAGCUGACCAGAGAGAAGGCACUGACCAGAGAGGAUCUGACCAGAGAGAAGGAGCUGACCAGAGAGAAGGCACUGACCAGAGAGGAUCUGACCAGAGAGAAGGAGCUGACCAGAGAGGAUCUGACCAGAGAGGAGCUGACCAGAGAGGAUCUGACCAGAGAGGAUCUGACCAGAGAGCGCUCCUCCCGUAGUCUGUCUGCCCCUCGCUCUAACUCCACACACACCAACUGUGACGGAGAAGCAACCUCUCCCACCAAGACAUCAUCUCUACCCGGGUAUGGCAGAAACGGACUGCACCGGCCCCAGUCCACUGACUUCACCAUGUACAACAGCUAUGGGGACAUGUGUGGGGGAGGUCGAGAGUUUCAGCACAUAAAGGAUGGCCGUGCAGCGAUUGCCAGAAUGGACAGGGGAGUAUCUAUGCCUAAUAUGUUGGAGCCAAAAGUCUAUCCAUAUGAAAUGCUCAUGAUCACCAGUAGAGGGCGAGCUAAGCUUCCCAGAGAGGUGGACAGAACCAGACUUGAGCGCCACUUAGCGCCUGAAACGUUCUUUGACAUCUUUGGAAUGGAGAUCCAGGAGUUUGACAGGCUUCCUCUUUGGAAACGCAACGACAUGAAAAAGAAGGCCAAGCUCUUUUAACAGUCAGGGCUGCAUGUAUACUGUACAUUCAAUCACACUGUGCAGUACAAACUGGAAUAUAGAUGUAGACAUUCUUUUUCUUCAUCUCCUACUAUUUUAUGACAUUUACAAGAAAGAAUGAUUUAUUUUUCUCUGAAGCUUCCAGAGACUGGGAACUGAGUGUGUGUGAUUGAACAGACUUGCUCACAAGGUCGCAGGGAAUGAGAAUAAAAACAACUUCUUCCAUGUUCAAAAAUGACAAAGAAUGAGAAAGAAUGAGAAAGACUAAUCAGUCUGGUCAUGUUGCUUUUGACUGCGCUUGUUUGUUUUGUUUCUUGCUUUGCAUCGAGUGGAACUGCUUUCCUUUCUGUCCUGCUUAUCUCCUCAUGUGUUGCUGUUGAUUCCUGUGGAACUGUGUUAGCUGAACGAUGUUAGCUAAACCUCACGACACCAUAGGAGAAGGAAAACACCCAGAUCUCAAGCCAGACUGGUGCGUGAGGGUGGCAGCGUAGCCCUCACAUCACCACAAACAUUUUAAUCCAAUGUUGAUAUCAAAUGGAUAGAUUCAAUGGGUCUUCAUGAAACAAACAGUGGCUGAUUGUGAGGCUUGUGCUAGCUAACGUGAAUACCCAGUCCCACUGUUUCCUGUGGCUCUGCACUGUGGAGAUUUGGUUGUUCCAAGCUUGUUCCAGUCAUCAGUACUGUAUACCCAGGACAUGUGCUAGUCACUCCAAACAUAAACACCAAUUACCCUGCUUCUCGCAGGCUCCCAGGCCAGAUAAGAUUACUUUUCUCUCAGUUGAUUUGGAAUAGCCACUUCUUCUCCGAUUAAUUUUUAAGUAUUCAGCAACCACCACAUGAGCAGAUAUAUUCAGCAACCACCACAUGAGCAGAUAUAUUCAGCAACCACCACAUGAGCAGACCCAUAUUCAAUGUAAGAGCUAAACUGUAUUUGAAUCUGUUUUAUAACUGAAACCCACACUGCCAUUUGUUGUAUUGAAUUCUGAGCCAAUAAAGCUUGAAAUCCCGUCGUUUAGACACCCUGA